CUAAGAUGUAUCAAAUUAAGAUGUUAAAAACUCCCAAUUAACUUGAGCACUUAAAAGGCAAUUUAUAUAUACGCUUUCACUAUGACAUUUGCAGAAGACGUUAGAAACGCUCAUACGAGGACGCUCGAGCUUGAGCAGUUUUCGCAGAACUUUUGUCAGGUAUUCUGUCCAACAGUAGCGCUUCAGUCAGGGCACUUCUUGCAAGCAUCACAGGGUUCACAGGUGUCUGUGGUAUGUUGACCCACAGUCAAUCAACCUUAGAGUGAGGGUCACUGACCUGGCUAGUAGUUGUCGCAAGAGCAGGC